AUGAUCGCCGCGCAGGCCAAGCUGGUCUACCAGCUCAACAAAUACUACACGGAGCGCUGCCAGGCGCGCAAGGCGGCCAUCGCCAAGACCAUCCGGGAGGUGUGCAAGGUCGUGUCGGACGUGCUGAAGGAGGUGGAGGUGCAGGAGCCGCGCUUCAUCAGCUCCCUAAGCGAGAUCGACGCCCGCUACGAGGGGCUGGAGGUGAUCUCGCCCACCGAGUUCGAGGUGGUGCUCUACCUCAACCAGAUGGGCGUCUUCAACUUCGUGGACGACGGCUCCCUGCCGGGCUGCGCCGUGCUCAAGCUGAGCGACGGCCGCAAGCGCAGCAUGUCCCUCUGGGUGGAGUUCAUCACCGCCUCGGGCUACCUGUCCGCCCGCAAGAUCCGCUCCCGCUUCCAGACGCUGGUGGCCCAGGCCGUGGACAAGUGUAGCUACCGGGACGUGGUGAAGAUGAUCGCGGACACGAGCGAGGUGAAGCUCCGCAUCCGGGAGCGGUACGUGGUGCAGAUCACGCCCGCCUUCAAGUGCACCGGGAUCUGGCCGCGCAGCGCGGCGCAGUGGCCCAUGCCCCACAUCCCCUGGCCCGGCCCCAACCGGGUGGCGGAGGUGAAGGCGGAGGGCUUCAACCUGCUCUCCAAGGAGUGCUACUCGCUGACGGGCAAGCAGAGCUCGGCCGAGAGCGACGCGUGGGUGCUGCAGUUCGGCGAGGCCGAGAACCGGCUGCUGAUGGGCGGCUGCCGGAACAAGUGCCUGUCGGUGCUGAAGACGCUGCGCGACCGGCACCUGGAGCUGCCCGGGCAGCCCCUCAACAACUACCACAUGAAGACGCUGCUGCUGUACGAGUGCGAGAAGCACCCGCGGGAGACCGACUGGGACGAGGCGUGCCUGGGCGACCGGCUGAACGGCAUCCUCCUGCAGCUCAUCUCCUGCCUGCAGUGCCGGCGCUGCCCCCACUACUUCCUGCCCAACCUAGACCUCUUUCAGGGCAAACCCCACUCGGCCCUGGAAAGCGCCGCCAAACAGACCUGGAGGCUAGCCAGAGAAAUCCUCACCAAUCCCAAAAGCCUCGACAAGCUAUAG